GUCAUUAGAUUUUUUUAUUUGCGUCAUAGAAAUUUAUCAACGCCAAUUAGGGGUGCUAUACGCUCAAGUUCAUGAUAAAUAAGGUGCAGUACCUACGGCUGAAUCGCACCUCGUCAUUGAUAAGAAAGCGAUGCAGUUUGGAAAAACCUGUCAAUUUUGCUAAUGUGUGAGCAAAAAGUCAUGUCAUACAUUUUCUUCGUCAAAUAAGCGAACGUGCAAAUUCGUAUUGAGAACUAUAGCUAAAAAUUAUAACAAUAAUACCAGUGAACUUUUCCGGCGAAUAAAUCAAAGUUAGAGUGAUGUUACGAUGAAUAAAAAUUCAAAUCCCAAAGCGAACAUUAAGUGUGAACUUAUUUACCCUUUUAGUCACUGAUAUUUCGAGAGUUGAAUGCAGACAAUAUAAAUAGAAAGUUCGCUGCUCGAUCAUUUCAAUGAAACGGAUAAUAUCCGGAAAACUUCAUCAAUAAUCCUCCAGGAGAUCCAAUUUUCGUUUGCGUUGAGGCAUCAUCUUUUAGAGAAGGACCGUACCAAUUUGCACCCUGAGAGAAACAACGGAUGGCUACAAUUGAGAUGUACACAGAGAAGCGACUUUGCUUGCUCGGUGUCGAAUAUAGCGAAUUACAAGUAUUUAGCCGCAUGCUAAAGGUGAAACACAAACGUAGCAAAUUACUCAAAAGCUUUCAAUCGCUAAUCGAUCACGGAUCGAAUGUGAUGGAGGAAUUAUUACUCAGUUAUUCUAAGUAUCGUACGACGCCGGAACCUAUUACAUCUAACAUAAUCGAUAUCGGUCUAAAACUAGGAGGAUUCCUAAACGAAGGCGGAUGGUACAAUUAUUCGGUCGAGGUUUUAAAUGUCGUCGAAGAGCUGUGCAAGAAAAGAAGCAGAAACGCCAACACUCUGUGCAAACUUCUCGACUGUUACCAUAAGCGACUUCACGCCGAGUCUGUCUAUUGUAUGUUUAAAUGCGCAGAAGAUACUUUCGAACGUAUUCUCAGCACAAAAGAUGAGCUGCAAAAAUUAAAUGCCGUUCCAAAUUUGGCUGGACUUUAUGCAAAUAUAUCUGCGCUAUUUUUUGCUAGAAGUGAAUACGACGAGGCGUAUCAGUGGGCGCAGCGUUCUUUGAAGUUAUUAAAUGAAGAUGUGCCACCAAGGGUGAUCAUCGAAGUCUUACGUCAGGCUUCGAAAUCGUGCGUGGUGAAAAGGCGAUUCUUACAAGCGAAACUUUUAAUCCAUCAAGCGGUCGGUCUGGCGUCCCUUCUCUAUUACAACGACCACCAUCCGUGCUACUCGGACACGCUGAUGGAUUACGGAUUUUACCUUCUGAAUUACGACACGAUUCAAGAGAGCGUGAAGGUCUAUGAAAAGGCGCUCGGCAUUCGCAAGGACAUUUUCGAGAAGAAUAACAUACACGUCGCCAUCGGACACGAAGAUCUGGCCUAUGCGCUUUACGUCAACGAAUAUAGCUCGGGACGGUUUUAUGCUGCAAGGGAAAAUGCUGAUCGCGCGAUACGCAUAAUGGACAAAAUUCUACCAAAAGACCAUCUAAUGCUGGCGUCGGCGAUGCGCGUUAAGGCUUUAAUUUUGGAAGAGAUCGCGUUAGAUUUGCGCGACCUUACCCACCUGGAGGAGCAGGAUCAGCUGCUGCUGAAGGCGGAGCAGUUUCACAAGUCGGCGUUGCAACUGUCCCAUUCCGCUUUCGGCGAGCACAACGUACAGACGGCGAAGCACUACGGAAAUUUGGGCAGACUGUAUCAGACGAUGAUGAAGCACGACGAGGCGGAGAAGAUGCACUUGCGCGCGAUAUCGAUCAAGGAGCAACUCUUGGGACCGGACGACUACGAGGUCGGGCUAAGUUUGGGACAUUUGGCGUCUCUGUACAGUUAUCACAUGAAGAAGCAUCGCGACGCCGAAAAACUAUAUAAGAGAUCUAUCGAUAUUAGUUUAAAGUUGUUUGGUGUUUUCUAUUCAGGUUUAGAGUACGAUUACAGAGGACUGAUUCAUGUUUAUACGGAAUUAAACGAUAUACCCAACAUGUUACAUUAUACACAUAUCAUGCGCGAAUGGAAGUUUUUGAGGGAGAAUCACGUAACGACAAAUAAUUUCCCCGAUCAUCUCGAAUCUCUAAACACGAUCCUUACUGAAUUUUUCAAAAUGUGCUAAUGCGAAUGUAUCUAGUCUGUCGAUCGAGUCAUUUUUGUUUUUGGUUAUAGUUUUAUUGUUAGACUGAAUUUGAUUAAUCUUGAUGCAAUGGCAUUUAAAACUCGUCUCAUAGAGGAGAGAAGGUUCGACCUUCCUCGUCGGUACUAAGUUACAAUAAUUAAACACUUGGGCAGUUCGAUUAAUUUUUAAGUUUAAGAUAAUUUUUAUGUUAAUCUCUUUUAGUAUUUUACAAAUUAAAGUGAGGCUCUGUUCAUUUGUAAAUAUAAUCAAAUUAUUAUAGUGUAUGUGUUCGUUGAUAGUUCUACAUGUACGUACUAUAUUGCAACAUGUUCCAUAUAUGUUAAUUAGAAAAUACGUGAACCAAGCUUAGAAAAAUCUUCAAGCUUAAUAUAAAAUCAUUUUGAAAUUUGCUCAUGGCGUUAGUUUGCUGGUUUUUUU